CGCAUGUUUUAAUAUUAACCGGAAGCUUAUUGAGUGAGAGAUUUUAGAAAUUUGUGCAGUAUUGCUGGCAGAAAUAUUACUUACAAUUACAAGGAAAAAAUAAUGUCAGAUUCAGAUGAUAGUGAUUAUUCAGCCCCUGAUAGCGACGCAGGGGCUGAUGACGAUCAUGAUAAAAGCAGUGAUGUAGAAAAGGGCAGUGACGGUGGUCAUAGUGAUGCUGGUAGUGAUGAUGGAGAAGACCUGGAUGAAGAAGAAGAUGAAGCAGAAGAAGAAAGAUCUAUUAAAAAGAAAAAGAAAUCUCAUGUCAGUAAUUUUAUUUUGGAAGAAGCUGAUGUUGAUGAUGAGGCCGAUGAAGAAGAUGAGGAGUGGGAAGAUGGUGCUGAAGACUUGAUAGAGCGUAAAUCUACAUAUGAUGGACCUAGUGCAAGAGAAAUUGAAAAUCACCAGCGACUUCGUCAGAUUUGGGACAGUCAAAGAGAAGAUGAAAUAGAGGAAUACUACAAGCAGAAAUAUGGCGAGGGUUCUGCAGUUGAAAGAUUUGGAGAUGGUGAAGAAAUGUCGGAUGAAAUUACACAACAAGGUUUACUUCCUGGCGUUAAAGAUCCAAAUUUAUGGAUUGUUAAAUGUCGAAUGGGAGAAGAAAAAGCCACAGUUUUAUUACUCAUGAGAAAAUUUAUCACCUACCAAUUUACCGAAGAACCAUUACAGAUUAAGUCUGUGGUAGCUAAAGAAGGGUUAAAAGGUUAUAUCUACAUUGAGGCUUAUAAACAGACUCAUGUUAAACAAGCCAUUGAAGGAGUGGGAAGUUUACGAAUGGGUAUCUGGCAACAACAGAUGGUACCCAUCAAAGAGAUGACAGAUGUGAUGAAAGUGGUGAAGCAAACAACACAGCUUAAAACAAGAUCAUGGGUACGUCUUAAGAGAGGUGUUUUCAAGGAUGAUCUCGCGCAAGUGGAUUAUAUGGAGCCAUCUCAGAAUAUCGUUCAUUUGAAGAUGAUUCCAAGAAUAGACUACACAAGAUAUAGGGGAGUUCUUCGAAAUUCUGCCAAUUCUGAAAAACGUAAAAGAGGAAGGCGACCUGCUCAGAAAUUAUUUGACGUUGAUGCUGUAAAAGCUAUUGGGGGAGAAGUUUCAACUGAUGGUGAUUUUCUGAUAUUUGAAUCAAACCGAUUCAACAGAAAAGGUUUUAUGUUUAAAAGCAUGGCCAUGUCAGCCAUCAUGGCUGAUGGAGUAAAGCCCACAUUGUUAGAGUUGGAGAAGUUUGAAGAUCAGCCAGAGGGAGUAGAUGUUGAGCUUGCACCCAAAAAAACAAAUGAUGAGGUAACGCACAGUCUGGCUGAUGGUGAUGUUGUGGAGGUAUGUGAGGGUGAAUUGAUUCAUCUACAAGGUAAAGUCAUCAGUGUAGAUGGUAACAAAAUAACUAUCAUGCCCAAACACGAAGACUUGAAAGAUCCCCUAGAAUUUCAAGCUGUUGAAUUGAAGAAAUUCUUCAAGAUGGGAGACCACGUUAAAGUUAUCGGAGGUCGAUAUGAAGGAGAUACCGGUCUUAUUGUACGUGUUGAAGACAAUGUUGUUGUUUUGUUUUCGGAUUUAACCAUGCAUGAAUUAAAAGUUUUACCAAAAGAUCUUCAGUUGUGUAUGGACAUGGCUACUGGUGUGGAUUCUAUGGGACAAUAUCAGUUUGGUGAUUUGGUUCAUUUAGAUCCACAGACAGUUGGAUGUAUUGUGCGUUUGGAAAAAGAGAAUUUUCAAGUGUUAAGUAUGCACAAUAAAGUUGUAAGCGUCAAGCCGCAAGCUGUUACGCGAAAGAAAGAUACGAAACGUGCCGUCGCCCUUGACUCUGAAAAUAACAAUAUCCAGGUUAAAGAUAUUGUAAAAGUUAUUGAUGGACCUCACUCUGGUCGACAAGGAGAAAUCAAACAUCUCUAUAGAAGCUUCGCUUUCUUGAAUUCUCGAUUGAUGACAGAGAAUGGUGGAUAUUUUGUCUGCAAAACUCGUCAUUUGGUCCUUGCUGGUGGUUCCCGACAGAGUAACACAAGCCUUAAUGUUGGUGGAUUUCCCAUGUCUCCAAGAAUUUCCAGUCCUGCUCAUCCAAGUGGUGGUGGAGCUGGUGGUGCAGGAAGAGGAAGAGGAGGUGGUGGUAUCAGCCGUAGAGAUAGUCAGUUUAUUGGUAAAACCGUUCGAAUCAAACAGGGUCCAUUUAAAGGUUAUAUUGGUAUUGUUAAAGAUUCGACAGAAACAACAGCCAGAGUUGAACUUCAUUCCAGUUGUAAAACAAUCUCUGUAGAUAAAAGUAGAUUGGCUGAUGUUGCUGGAGGUAAAUCAGGAGGAGCGACUUCCACCUAUGGCAGAACACCAAUGUAUGGUGGACAGACACCCAUGUAUGGCAACAAAACACCCAUGUAUGGAUCACAAACACCAUUACAAGAUGGAAGCAGGACACCACAUUAUGGAAGCCAGACACCAUUACAUGAGGGAAGUCGAACACCAAGUGGAGGCUCAAGUGCGUGGGAUCCUUCAAAUGCUAAUACACCAUCUCGAGCUAAUGAUUUUGAUUAUGCUUUUGAUGAUUCUCCUUCACCAUCAGGAUAUGCUGCCACUCCAAAUCCAGGAACACCGGGAUAUCAAGCUGACAGUCCAAUGGGAGGACCAUAUACUCCACAGACUCCCGGCAGUGCUUACUCCCCUUAUGUUGCUUCUCCAUCACCCUCUAGUUAUCAAGCUCCAAGCCCAGGUUAUACUGGAACACCAAGUCCAGCAGGAUACAAUGCUAGUCCUUCACCUGCUGGUUAUGGAGCAGGAACACCUUCACCUGCAGGCUACAGUCCUUUAACACCAGGAGCACCCUUUACCCCAGCUACACCUGGCACUGCCAUGGAUCACAGUAUGGCUGAUUGGCACACCACCGAUAUUGAGAUCAACAUCAAAGAAACACACGAGGAUGAAAACCUCAUUUUCCAAAAAGGUAUCAUUCGAGGUGUGUCUGGUGGCAGUUGUUCAGUUUAUAUCCCAGAUGAAGAUAAAGUAGUGAAUGUGGCGUGUGAACAUCUGGAACCGGUUCGACCAGAAAAACAUGACAAAACUAAAGUUAUAUUGGGAGACGAACGAGAAACAACUGGAACUCUUCUUAGUAUUGAUGGUAUUGAAGGUGUAAUAAAAACCGAGGAAGGCCAAAUUAAAAUGUUGCCCAUUAUAUAUUUAUGUAAAAUGGCUUCUUAAAGACUUCUUUUAAUGGAGUCGGUCCUUAAUUAUGUAAACUUAAAUUCUUUUAAAAUUAAUUGUAAUUUAGCUAAAUGGUGUGCAUUUUGUAGACCUCUUAUUACUAAUUUUGAGCUUUCAACAUAUUUGUCAGAAAUGCACAAAAUUUGUAGCUGUUGGUUGAUAUGGUGUUUGUAUCAGUAAAUUCAAAUAUAUAUAUAUAUAUAUAUAUAUAUAUAUAUUUAUUUAUUUAGACCAUAGCUGGUCACAACUAAUAUUGUAGCUUUAAUUCAGUGUUCCAGCUGCCAUUCUAAAAUGUUAUGGUAAAUUUUUUUCAGUAAAUUUAUGGUAAAUUUUUUUCAGUAAAUUUCCCUACUUGCCACAGCUAACCAAAAAAUGUUAAAUUAAGUUUCCAUUUUAAAGACCCCAGCAAGUCACCAUUAUUACCAUUCAUUUCAUGUGUAUAUAUCUUCAUGACACUGUAUAUAAUAUAAUCAUUUUCACUCUCAGAUCCAAGAGGUUGACCUGGUAGUUUGAUUUGUGCAUUUGUUUGUUAAUGAUACUUCCAUAACUUCAUUAUUGACAUCAUUUGUUUAUUGAUCAUAUAUGUGGUGUAAAAUAAGAAAUUAUUAUACCAUCUUGUGACCAAGGAAUUUAGGCUUAUAAUUUGUAAAAUGUGUUGAUAAAACGAAAAAGAGUGACACUUGUUAAAUUCAGAUGUAAAAGUAUUAUUAAUUAAGGAGUUCUCAAAGUCUUUAUUAUACUAUUAAUCAUAAUGCUUUUCACUAAUUUAGUUUCAAAUCUGACCAGAAAUUUAUUUAUUCAUUAAAAAUAUAGUGUGUCUUAAAAAGUCCCCCCCCCCUCCUUAAUUUUUUGGGUUAAUGGUCAUGUUCCUUGUAAAAUAAACCUAAAAUUGAAUUUCUAGAUUAUUAUUUUGAUUUUUAAAUAAAAAGCACUUUGUUUCUUUUCUUCUUUUUGGGGUUUAUCUAAGAUUAAAAUACAUCAUGUAAGCUUAAAAUAUUUUUCUAGCCCUUUUAUACACAUACAUAUACCAGUAUUAAAAUACAUCAUGUAAGCUUAAAAUAUUUUUCUAGCCCUUUUAUACACAUACAUAUACCAGUACUGCAAAUGAUAUGUACUAAAAGAAUUAAAAUUGGUAUCUUUUGUAGGCCAGAAAUACUUUGUUUAUAUCAAAUGUAAGGCAAAGAAAAUAACUUAUUCUAUGAUCACUUUCCUGAACACAAAGUACAUGUAGUUUGUAAAAUUGAUGUAUUUAUAGUCUUAUACUGAAAUGCUGUAAUGAAAAAUAAAACCUUUAUUUAUGAUGAAAAUUUCAAAUCUUAUUCCAGAGUUCAAGUAUCACUUUAUAAAAAAAUAAGCCCCUGUCCGUCUGGACGUCCACAAUUGUUUUUGGACACUCUACAGGUCACAAUUCUUAUCCGAUUUUGACGAAAAAUUGAAAUAUAGGUUUAUCUCCAAAAGAUCUCGGAUGCUUUCGAUAUUGGAUUUUUAUACACCCACAUUUUCAUGUGGACUUAUAUUGUCGUCGCCCCUGUCUGUCCGGACGUCCGUCCGUCCAUCCACAAUUGUUUGACAAAACUUGAUAUAUAGGUUUAUCUCCAAAAGUUCUCGGAUGCUUUCCAUAUUGGUAUGUAUCGGACCGAAACUUCGUGGAUUAUGGCCCCUGAUUGUAUGAAAAAUCAAGUUUUUAGCUUGUGGACCCAAUAGAGGUCACAAUUUUUAUCCGAUUUUGUUGAAACUUGAAGUUUGAGUUUAUAACCCAAAGAUCUCAGUUCUUUUCGAUAUUCGCGCAUAUCAGAUCGUAACUUCCUGAAUUAUGGCCCCUGAUUGUACAAAAAAUCACGUUUUUAGAUUGUGAACCCUAUAGCGGUCCUAAUUUUUAUGCGAUUUAAAAAAACGUUUGAAUAUAUAACUGUUACACACUAAGAUCAAGGAUCCUUUUGAUAAUCGCAGAUACCCAAAUUAACUUCCUGGAUUAUGGCCCCUGCUUGUUCGAAAAAUGGCAUUUUUAGCUUGUGGAUUCUCAAGAGGUCACAAUUUUUUUUUCCGAUUUUAAAAAACGUUUAAAUAUUUCACCAUUCCACCAUAAUGAAGGUUGAAUUCGAAUUUUGGAAAAAUCGAAAUGAAACUGCCCAACAAAAUGGCCGCUCUUUGUACACAAAUUGUGUAAAAGUAUGUAAUACGAAGGUUGUCGACCCUCUUAGAGGUCACAAUAUUUGUCCGAUUCUGAUCCCAAAGAUCUGUCUCUUUUGAUAUUUGCACAUUUCAGACCACAACUUUCUGGAUUAUUGCCCCUGAUUGUACAAAAAAUCCUGUUUGUUUUUGGCAUGUUCUCUAUCCAUCUCUUCCAAAAUGUGGGUGUAUCCUGUCUGGCAGUCGCUGGUUAAAUUAAAUCAUUAAAUUAUGACCAUAUUUUAAUCUGUUUAAAUCCCCGCCAUUCGAUAAUCUAGAGAGUUGAUUUUAGGUUUGACAUGUGAAUAAAUGUCUAAAAAAUAGUUUAUAUAACUUUUGAACCCAAAAUAAAGACUUACAAUAGGCA